CAGUUUGAUCUAAUGUUCAGGGUCACGCCAUCACGUGGGACACUGAGACGAAUUUGAGGGUCCAUGUUGACUCCUGCGGUGCUGUCUCUCGUCGAAUGUUCUGCUAGCAAGUAAGGCUUACAAUGGGACUUACAAUGACGGGCAGGUCGUGGCAGGAGAUUCGCGAUGCGAAAAGAGCUGAGCAGGCUGCUCGCAUACCGUCGGAGUGGAAACUCAAGCAAAGUCCACCUGAAGAAACGAGGGACCUCCGUCCUUAUGCCUACGAAUCAGGCAUUCUAUCGGACAAAGAGUUGGAAAUUACUGAUCUGGACGCCACGUCUCUGAUCGAAAGAAUCGCCAAUGGAAACUACUCGGCCGUUGAGGUGGUGACAGCCUACUGCAAACGUGCAGCAAUCGCUCAGCAACUAACUAGUUGCUUGACCGAGAUCGCAUUCGCCGAGGCCAUCGAAAGAGCAAAAACCCUUGAUGAGCACUACAAAACGACCGGAAAGGUCGUCGGGCCUCUCCAUGGUGUUCCCAUGAGUUUCAAAGAAUGCUUCAACCUCAAGGGAUACGACUCGAGUAAUGCUUAUAUCUCGAAAUGCUUCAACCCUGCGCAGUAUGACGCAUACCUGAUUGAAAUCUUCAAAGAUGCUGGCGCAGUCCCUAUUGCAAAGACUAACAUCCCACAAACGAUGCUCGUAGCCGAGAGCGACAACAACGUCUUUGGCAGAUCCAAGAACCCAGUAAUUGCACACCUCAGCUGUGGUGGCUCAAGUGGUGGCGAAGGGGCUCUGAUGGCAUAUCACGGAAGCGCCAUUGGCAUUGGCACAGAUGUUGGAGGUUCAAUCCGGAUACCCGCUGCGUGCAAUGGCGUCUACGGCUACAAGCCUUCCGCGGGACUUCUUCCAAUGCUGAAGUACGCAAAUUCCACGUGGCUCGGGCUCAACACGGGUAUUCCUGCCGUGUGUGGUCCUCUUGCUCGCUCACUGCGAGACUUGGAACUCCUUACUAGAGUAGUCCGUAAGGCCCAGCCAUGGCUUGAAGAUCCAGCAAUUAUGCCCCACGUGUUUGAAGCGGGGGCAGUGGACAGGAAACCUGUCGUUGGUGUGAUCUACUCAGCAGAUACUCUGACACCACAUCCUCCAAUUCGGCGAGCGCUUCGCGAGACAGCCGCAAAACUUGAAGCUGCCGGUGUGCAGGUGAAGGAAUUUAAGCCAGCAAGCUAUGCAGCAAUCAACGAAGUCACCAGGCAAUUAUUUACCCUAGACGGACUCUCAUAUGCCAAGCGUGAGUUGGCGCAGUCAGGAGAGCCACUGGUGCCUGCCGUACGGACGAUAGGACACUGGGACGUGCCUGCGAAGACCUCUGAGGAGAACUGGGCCUGGAAUGCGAAGAAGCAAGCAUUGCAGAAAGAAAUGCUCAAUAGAUGGCGUGCAGCUGGAAUAGACAUUGUGCUUUGUUCGGCUGGAGCGCACACUGCUCCUCGCCCAGGACAAUGGGCGGAUGAUUCCUAUACAGUGGCUUGGAAUGCAGUGGACUAUCCGGCGAUUAUCAUGCCAGUCACCCAUGUGGACCCGUCUAAAGACCCGAAAGAUAUACUGGAAAAGCCGCUAUCACAAAUGGAUGCAGAGUUUUACGAAAGGUACGACCCAGAGCUUAUGGCAGGGUCGCCUGUGGCUCUGCAGCUGGUGGGACCUAGACUGGGCGAUGAACAGUUGCUCAAAGAUGCCGAGCUGGUUGAUAGAAUACUUAAGCAGUAGUCUACCCCAUCAUAGUAGCUUCAAACAAGGUCGAGUCUUAAAAGGUUAUGAUACCUUUCAAAUAAAUCUCGAAGUACCUGCUUUUGAGUCAUGAUCUCCCUAUUCCGUAUGACAGGGUUCAUAUGGAGCAGCACACUGGCAAAGCAUGGCGAAC